AUGUUUCACGCCAAUGGGCUGAGUGCUCUGUUGUGGGCUAUAUCCAUGUUCCUUGGAUCUGGCCUUAUGGCGCUUGCAGAUGAAGCUCCAUGCACUUUGCACCAUGAAGGCAACUACUACAACCUGAAUUCGUUGAAGGCUAGUCAAGAUUAUGAGUUCAAGACUCUAGGUGGACAUUCUUUCUACCUGAAUGUCUGUCGACGUGUGACCACCGAGCCCUGGAGCACUGGAGUUCCCAACAAUGUUGACAUUGCUGGUCUAGUGCGGAAAGACCACCACGACUUUGCCGUAGGACUUGUUAAUACGACCCUGGAAAUGAGGGACACGGGGCUAAUGUUGCAUCUUUCCAAUGGUUCACCCUGCCCUGGGGAAGACAACUUAUAUGGGAGCUCUUCCAUCAGAUUUCUUUGUAACCCAUCUGUCUACGGAGCUGGCAAACCGGUGGUGAUAUCCCAAUUUCCGGAAGACGACAACGAAGCCUGCCAAUACACGGUUGAGUGGCAAACACAUUUUGCUUGUCCCACAGGUGAAAGGGGUCUUAUCUCAGGAUUAAUUGUGUUCUUGGUGAUCACCAUGAUGAUCCUUCUGAUGCUUCUCAUUGUUUUCAGCACUCUGUACAACCGGUUUGUCCUGGGAAAACGCGGCUUUGAUCAAUUGGCCCGGCUUUCCAAAAUUCACCUGCUCGAAGUCAUGGACUUUUGCAUAGAGCUCUUCCAGUCCGCGUUAGACAAUGUUCGCUCAAGUGGUAACAGAUGGGCAAGAUUGACGAGGGACAUCAACCCUGCAUCCUACCAAUGGUCAUCAAGGGAUGAGGAGCAGGCGAUGAUGGCUGCUGAUCCCCUUGAAGAUGAGCAUAAUCGGGAACUGCAAGAUACUAAUGUACGGAGAAAUGAUAUGUCGAAUGGCACGCAGGGUGUGGAUGAUUUGGGAACUAUACGAUCGUGA